CUUGGAUCAACCUUCACUUCAGGAGCUCAAGACAGCACUGGAGAAAGGUUCAGAGGAAGCCAAAAUUGAUACCAUGAAAAAAAUUUUGGUUACAAUGCUCAAUGGAGAUCCACUUCCACAACUUCUUAUGCACGUAAUUCGUUUUGUGAUGCCUUCGAAAAAUAAGACUUUGAAAAAAUUACUUCAUUUCUACUGGGAAAUCUGUCCAAAAACGAAUCCUGAUGGGAAGCUUAAACAAGAAAUGAUUCUGCCCUUUGUGCUUGAUCAUUUGAAAAAUAUCGAGGCCCAUUGCACUGGUCAUGUGGUUAUCAAUAUUUUGGUAAAUGACCGAAAUUUUCAUGCAUGUUAUAAUUUGUUUAGUAAUGCGUUGAGGAACGAUCUUCAACAUCCAAAUGAGUAUAUAAGAGGUGCAACACUUC